CUCACUGUGAUUGCACUCAAAGCUCCUCCUUCUUCUUCUUCCACCUCCAAACCCCGAAGCUCUCUGUACCAGAGUCUUUCUCCACAUGCAAAUGUGAUCCCUCCAAAUCCUCGCAUUCUACAAUGUCGACGCUAUCUUCACGGCUUUUCACCAUUACUGACCAAUCAAAGCUCGCAUCUUCAUCCUCCACCUUUCUGUUCCCUCUAUUUCCCUCACAUUCUCGAAGCUUCUCACGGUCAUCGCGAUCAUCGAUCCUCUACGGCCGCACUCAUGUUGCCAAACCCAUACGCGCCUCCGCUAGCCAGCUGCCCUCCGCCGCUUCAUCUGUCACCGUCGAGAACUCAGAGUCCGAAUCCGACCCGUCCGGCACGCUCUUCGUGAUCCGAGCCCGAAACCGCAUCGGCCUUCUCCAGGUCAUCACCGGCGUCUUCAAAGUCCUCGGCCUCCAUGUUGAAAAAGCUACCGUCGAGUUCGAAGGCGACUUCUUCGUCAAAAAAUUCUUCGUCACCGAUUCUCAUGGGGCGAAAAUCGCCGACCCAAAGAGCCUCGAUAGGAUCAAGAAGGCCUUGACGGACGCCAUCGAAGACGGUGGUACAGUCUCGAUGGGUCCCACCAGCCCCACCACGAGAGGUGUGAUGGUCCGCAGGCCCGGGUCGGGUUUGGGCAUGAGCUUGGGCUCCGAUAGUGCCAAGGCUGAAAGGAUGUUCAGGCUAAUGGAUGGGUUUUUGAAAAAUGACUCCAUUAGUCUGCAGCAGGAUAUUCUUCGUCACGUUGAGUACACGGUGGCCAGGUCCCGCUUUAACUUCGAUGAUUUUGAAGCUUAUCAGGCCUUGGCGCAUAGUGUAAGAGACCGGUUGAUUGAACGUUCGCAUGAUACUCAGCUUUACUUCAAGAGGAAAGACCCUAAGCGCGUAUACUUCCUCUCGUUUGAGUAUCUUAUGGGUCGUUCCUUGUCAAAUAGUGUCAUCAACCUUGGCAUCCGGGAUCAAUAUGCAGAUGCUUUAAGCCAGCUUGGUUUUGAGUUUGAAGUUUUGGCAGAGCAAGAAGGAGAUGCUGCCCUUGGUAAUGGUGGCCUAGCCCGUCUUUCAGCUUGCCAAAUGGAUUCUAUGGCAACUUUGGACUAUCCUGCAUGGGGUUAUGGACUACGUUACGAAUAUGGAUUAUUCCGCCAGGUUAUACUGGAUGGCUUCCAACAUGAACAACCCGAUUUCUGGUUGAACUUUGGAAAUCCUUGGGAAACAGAGCGGGUUCAUGUAACGUAUCCAGUGAAGUUCUAUGGGGUCGUUGAAGAGGAAAAUUUGAAUGGAGAAAAAUGCAAUGUUUGGAUCCCUGGAGAAGUGGUAGAAGCUGUGGCUUAUGAUAAUCCCAUACCUGGUUAUGGAACAAGGAAUACUAUUACUCUUCGUUUAUGGGCCGGAAAACCAAGUGAUCAACAUGAUAUGGAAGCUUAUAAUACUGGAGAUUACAUCAAUGCUGUUGUUUGCAGACAGAAAGCAGAAAAUAUAAGUAGUGUAUUGUACCCUGAUGACCGUUCAUUUCAGGGGAAGGAACUGCGAUUGAAGCAACAAUAUUUCUUUGUCUCAGCAUCCAUACAAGACAUAAUUCGGAGAUUUAAAGAGGCUCACAGUAACUUUGAUGAAUUUCCAGAGAAGGUUGCUCUGCAGCUCAAUGAUACUCACCCAUCUCUUGCGAUAGCUGAGGUCAUGAGAGUGCUUGUUGAUAAAGAGCAUUUGGGUUGGAAUAAAGCGUGGGACAUUGCCUGCAAAAUAUUUUCGUUCACAAUACAUGCAGUAAUUGCUGAAGGGUUGGAGAAAAUCCCUGUUGAUUUACUGGGCAGUCUUCUCCCACGCCAUUUACAAAUUAUAUAUGAAAUAAACUUUACGUUUGUGGAAGAGUUGAAGAAGAGGAUUGGUUUAGAUUACAAUCGGCUAUCCCGAAUGUCAAUUAUUGAGGAAGGCGCUGUGAAGAGUAUCCGAAUGGCAAACCUGGCGAUUGUAUGCUCCCAUACUGUGAAUGGUGUUUCCAAAGUACAUUCAGAAUUGCUAAAAGCAAAAUUAUUCAAGGACUUCUAUGAGCUGUGGCCUCAGAAAUUUCAAUGCAAGACAAAUGGUGUUACCCAGCGCCGCUGGAUUGUGGUGAGUAAUCCUAGCCUGUGUGCUCUUAUCUCAAAAUGGCUUGGAACAGAAGCUUGGAUUCGUGAUGUUGACCUUCUAACUGGCUUGCGAGCAUAUGCAGCAGAUCCUGACCUUCAACAAGAAUGGAUGAUGGUUAAGAAGGUUAACAAAAUGAGGCUCGCUGAGUACAUUGAAGCGAUGAGUGGUGUGAAGGUUAGUUUAGAUGCAAUGUUUGAUGUGCAGACAAAGCGAAUACACGAGUACAAAAGACAGCUGCUUAAUAUACUUGGCAUUAUCCAUCGAUAUGACUGUAUCAAGAACAUGGAGAAAAGUCAAAGGAGUAAGGUUGUACCUCGUGUCUGCAUUAUUGGAGGAAAAGCUGCUCCCGGUUAUGAGAUUGCCAAGAAGAUUAUCAAACUUUGUCAUGCUGUAGCAGAAAAAAUAAAUAAUGACACUGAUGUCGGAGAUCUUCUGAAGUUGGUUUUUAUUCCUGAUUAUAAUGUAUCUGUUGCUGAAUUGGUAAUACCUGGGGCUGACCUUUCACAGCAUAUAAGCACCGCAGGACACGAGGCCUCUGGAACGGGAAGCAUGAAAUUUCUUAUGAAUGGAUGUUUACUCUUAGCUACAGAAGAUGGGUCUACUGUUGAAAUUGUUGAAGAAAUAGGAGCAGACAACCUGUUUUUGUUCGGGGCAAAGAUUCAUGAAGUUCCCAAAUUGCGUGAGGAAGGAUCUCCUAAAAUGCCACUGCAAUGUGCACGUGUUAUAAGGAUGGUUCGAGAUGGCUAUUUCGGCUUUAAAGACUAUUUUGAAUCUCUGUGUGAUACUGUGGACGGUGGUAAAGACUUCUAUUUGCUUGGUUCUGAUUUUGAAAGCUAUUUAGAGGCUCAGGCUGCUGCUGAUAAAGCAUUUGCGGAUCCAAAUAAGUGGACUCAGAUGAGCAUCCUUAGCGCGGCCGGGUCGGGGAGAUUUAGCAGUGACAGAACAAUCCGAGACUACGCUGAGAAGACUUGGGGAAUUGAACCAUGCAGAUUCCCUUCUGAUGGCUAGCUCACCCUCAUCCACACCCCAGUAGCAACAUUUUACAGAUUUGAAUCAAUGGUCAUUAAGCUUUCUAAUAACAUAUCUGUUCCAGAUAAGGAGCUGUGAGCCCGUGGCAAUGAGGGUACUAAAGAGACAGCCACCACUACUUGUGUAUAUGUAGUUCUAUUGCAAUUCAAAGUGUAAUAACUAUAGGCUAUAUACCUAUAGCCUCAAGUAGAGACUUUAAGCUGUAAAUUGCACGUUUACAAUUUAUUGAGUUGUACAAAAACGACCAGGGGAUGUAACGUGUUCUUUGAGGGUGCCUUCAGUUAGAAGAACACUGAUUCUACUUUCAAACCAAGAGAAAAAAGACUACUGAUUUUAUAAUCAAUAAAAUUCAUUUCUUCUUA